AUGCGUGCUUACCUGGUCCCCUGGAGAUGCGCUGCUUCUGGUUUUUUGCAGCCGAAUCCUGGGGGAGAAGCUUGUCGGAUCUGGCGCGGCGGAGGGAGAGGAGCACUUCUCAAAUCAGGGAGUGAUCACAAACUCAAUCGAGCAGCAUUCAGAAUUCAGGACACCCAAAUACGCAGAUCGACCAGCCCAGACCAACACCCUCCCCCCGUCGCCUCGCCAACAAUCGCCACCCCAACGACCACCCAUCCUUCACCCAGCGUGUCCGCCGAGCGCCGCCAGACCUUGCCAAUCCACUCAAGAAACCAUAUCGAGCUCGCUCCCGAGAGUUUAAACUUUAAACCUCUGAACAAAAAAAGAAAUAUCGCGUUGUGCGGCACCCAAGGUCAAGUGACACAGACCUUGUCCCAGGAGCUUCACAAUCGGAUCAGAAAGUCUUCUCUUGCACACCCUCCUUCCUCGCUUGACUUCGCCUCACUCCUGGUGCUUGACAAAUCUAACUCCUCGGCCUCAUUGACUCACCCUCCGACGUCCUCAACUAUCCUCCAUUUGGGCGAGGAAUUCAUCAACCGCAACAUCGAACGACGAACACCAUCUCCCUGGAAUCGAUCGGACCCACACGCGAAGUUUCAGCUAUACCUCGUGGUCUCUCGGAUAACAACAGCAUGUUGCGGACUAUCACGAUUAUCCCGUGGACCUCUCGCCCAGCCUCUCUAUCGGCAUAUCGUACCAAAGUCGCAAUCAUCAUCGACCUUGGGCACGUUUUCCUUUGCCACCCAGGCUCCCAUUCCUAACUCGACUGCCGCUCAGAAAGCCCCAGUGGGUGCGACCAAGGCUGGAUCCGAUGCUGAGAAAAUCAAAUACACCCCAAAGAUCGAAGAAUUGGUUCAAACUAUCAGUCAAUUGAGCUUGUUGGAGGCCGCGGAAUUGGUCGACGCCCUAAAAUCAAGACUGAAAAUUACCGAAGUAGCUAUGCCUGUCCAAGCGGCUUCCAGUAGCGGUCCCUCGAGCGACGCUGGGGGCGCGAAGGAGAAGAAAUCAGAACCUGAGAAACCCAAGGAGAAGACGGUUUUCAGUCUGACCCUAACACAAAUCGAUGCUACCCAAAAAGCGAAAGUCAUCAAAGAGGUCAAAACUAUCAUGCCUAACAUGAACUUGGUCGAGGCCAAGAAAUUUGUGGAAAGUUUACCCAAACAGCUAAAAGAGAAUGGGACGAAGGACGAGAUUGAAAAGCUCAAGAAAGCCUUAGAAAGUGUCGGCGCAACUGUUAAGGUAGAAUAG